CAAAGGUUGUCCUUACCAUCGAUAUGUUCAAAAGUGCAACUAUUAUUAGAUCAGAGAGCUCAGACUCAGAUCGCUCUGUCUUCUUUUGUGUCUGAAUUGAGUUUAAAUCUGUGAAUAAAUCUACACUUUACAACAAUACAGAGCUAGUAAAUUCAAAAUCAAGAAUUUACAAGUGAUUAAAAAAGAAAAAAAAAGAAAAAAUGGCAGCUGGGGUUACAAGGAAAAUUUCAGCAGCUUCAGCCAGAGCUCACACUCGUAAAGCUAAACAAAAAACGUCUUUCCCUCUUUCUUCAGGGAUGUUUGGGAAAAUUCUUCUGGUUGUUUUGACGGGGCUCUUGGCAUGGGCUUAUCAGGCAACACGGCCGCCUCCCCCGAAGACCUGUGGGUCCCCCGAUGGUCCUUCUGUCACUGCACCUAGGAUCAAACUUAGUGACGGAAGACACUUGGCUUACAAGGAGAUUGGUGUACCUAAAGAGAACGCGAAGUAUAAGAUUGUGUAUAUCCAUGGGUACGAUUGUUGCCGACAUGAUGUCCCAAUUACCGGCACCCUCUCUCAAGAUGUUAUUGAAAGUUUAGGAGUGUACAUUGUUUCCUUUGACAGACCUGGUUAUGGAGAAAGUGAUCCUAAUCCAAAACGCACAGUCAAGAGCUUGGCGUUUGAUGUACAGGAGCUUGCCGAUCAAUUAGGUCUAGGAUCCAAAUUCUAUGUUAUGGGAUAUUCAAUGGGGGGACAGGCUGUUUGGACCUGUCUCAGAUACAUACCUUAUAGAUUGGCAGGCGCGGCUCUUAUUGCACCAGUCGUCAACUACUGGUGGCCUAGGUUCCCCGCCAAUUUGUCGCAAGAAGCAUUCAACCUUCGGCUUCCUCAAGACCAAUGGACACUUCGCGUUGCUCAUUACUUACCGUGGCUUACCUAUUGGUGGAACAGUCAGAAGUUCUUUCCUGCAUGCAGUGCUGCAGGUCGCAACCCUGCAGUUUUCUCUUCGCAGGACCUAGAGCUAAUUUCCAAGCAUCGUUCGAGCCAAGAGUCCCAGGACUAUCGUAGUCUUCAUUCUCUUUGCGGUUAUCAAACUACUCUCUUAAAUUCCACUGUUUCUGUUACUCAUUGUCCGGUGACACUUCAGUCCCAGAUAAGACAACAAGGAGAAUACGAGUCCCUCCACCGAGACUUGAUGAUUAGCUUCGGAGCAUGGGAAUUUGACCCGAUGGAUAUUGAGAACCCAUUUCCUAACAAUGAAGGUUCUGUUCACUUGUGGCAAGGCGACGAGGAUAAGCUCUCACCUGUCAUACUACAAAGGUAUAUCGCACAGCAGUUGCCGUGGAUCAAAUAUCAUGAAAUUCCAGGUUCUGGUCACUUAGUCCCAAUGCUUGACGGAAUGGGAGUCAAAAUCAUCAAGGCGCUUUUAACUGGGUAGACUGAUCAUUCUUAUUGUUGCGCGAGGUUUCAUCCUGCCCGUCAUGAUGUGUCUUAUUUGCCUAUAUAUCUUGUGUUUUAUCCUUCAUUUCAGUCUCAUAUAUUGAUGUCAAAGUUUUGACUUAGAGAAUAUAUUUUGUAUUACCAUUGUUUGCUCCUUUGUAAUCAGUGAUAGUGAUAUUAAACAUAUUUUGCCUUUGAUAUGUUUCCCUACUCUUGAUGGGAUGUGGGGAAAAA